AUGGCGGCUCUUGCCCGCCUGCUGGAACGUCUCCUCUGGCCAGCUCGCAAGCAAGAGGGGGUGGAGGAGGCAGAGGAGAGGCGCAGCUCUCCCGACGGGCCUCAGUCCCUCCUGGACGCGCCGCGAUGCGCCCAGCGGCCGCACGGGGGUGCGGCGGCGUCUUGGGGCUUGAGCUUCGGGGCGAGCGCAGUGCAAGGGUGGCGCGCACACAUGGAGGACGCGCAUUGCGCUUGGCUUGAGCUACCCGGGCUGGGCCCGGGCUGGGCUUUCUUCGCGGUCCUCGACGGCCACGGUGGGACGAGAGCCGCCCUCUUCGGUGCGCGCCACCUGCCGGGCUACGUGCUCGAGGCGCUGGGCCCAGCGCCCCGCGAGCCCGAGGGCGUGUGCGAAGCAUUGCGCCGCGCCUUUCUGAGCGCAGACGCACGCCUGCGCGCGCUCUGGCCCCGCGGCGAGCCGGGAGGCUCCACCGCCUUGGCGUUGCUGGUUUCCCCGCACUUUCUGUACCUGGCGCACUGCGGUGACUCCCGCGCGGUGCUGAGUCGCGCCGGCGCCGUGGCCUUCACCACCGAAGACCAUCGGCCCCUCCGUCCCCGGGAACGCGAGCGCAUCUAUGACGCGGGCGGCACCAUCAGCCGCCGGCGCCUCGAGGGCUCUCUGGCAGUGUCCCGAGCACUGGGAGACUUUGCCUACAAAGAGGCUCCGGGAAGGCCCCCUGAACUGCAGCUUGUUUCCGCGGAGCCUGAAGUGACCGCCCUGGCACGCCGAGCAGAGGACGAAUUCAUGCUCCUGGCCUCUGAUGGCGUGUGGGACGCGAUGUCUGGCUCUGCCCUGGCGGGACUGGUGGCUUCUCGCCUCUGCUUGGGCUUGGCCCCAGAGCUUCUCUGCGCGCAGCUGUUGGACACGUGUCUUUGCAAGGGCAGCCUGGACAACAUGACCUGCAUCCUGGUCUGCUUCCCGGGGGCCCCCAGGCCUUGUGAGGAGGCCAUCAGGAAGGAGCUAGUGCUGGACGCAGCCCUGGGACGCAGGGUCGCAGAGCUGUGUGCCUUUGGCCAGGAGCCCCCCAGCUUGAACACAGUUUUCAGGACUCUGGCCUCUGAGGACAUCCCGGAUUUACCUCCUGGGGGAGGGCUCCACUGCAAAUGGGGCAGAAUGGGGCUGAGAAGCCCACUGGCACCCAUUCAAGCUCUGCCUUGGACUUGGAGGCCUGACAGCUGUCAUCCUUUAGGGACCCUCUGCCCAGCUGGGGCCUCAAUGGAAUUAAGGAAGAAAACUCCCCUUCCCCAGCUAUGCAGACCAGCGAAAGGAAGAGAAACCAAUGGAGGAACACCAGAAUGUUUAUUUCCCUUUCUCCUACUUCCCUCUCAUAAGACAGAAAGUCUUAUGAGAGGGGAAAUUCCGCCCACCAGCUAGACCCCCCAAAAAAACCCAAACCUCAAAACCCCAAGAUCAAAUGUCUUUGAAAUAUUUAGAGUUGAAUGGACCCUGAAAAUCACCCAGUUCAAUAACCUUCUCUUCCCUUCCUAUUUUCCAUCUGUUUGGCGGGGAGGUAGGGGAAAGUUUUUAUCAUUAAAUUUUAAUUACAUAAUUCAAAA